AUGGCCACCAAAAUCCACCCCACUAUCAAGCUCGCCAGUGGCUAUGAGAUUCCCAAGCUAGGCUUUGGGGUCUACAAGACCCCACCAGAUGAAACAGAGCGAUGCUGUCUCGAAGCCUUUCAGACAGGCUAUCGCCACAUUGAUUCAGCAGCCAAGUACUACAACGAAGCCGGCUGUGGCAACGCCAUCCGCGCAUCGGGAAUCCCACGCGACCAAAUAUUCUUCACAUCCAAAGUAGGCGACAUCAGCUACGAAAAGGCCAAAGCGCAAGUCGACAAGACCCUUUCCGAAUCAAAACUCGACUAUAUAGACCUGAUGCUCCUCCACAACCCCUUCGGUGGAUCCGAGAACCGCAAGGGCGGAUGGAAAGCCCUCGUUGAAGCUGUCGAAGCCGGCAAAGUACGCUCUAUUGGCGUAAGCAACUACGGUGUACACCACCUAAACGAGCUGGAACAACACAUCAGCGAACUAGAAUCGGAGCGCGGUGGAAAAGGUAAAGGCGGGACUGUCAGUAUCAAUCAGAUCGAGCUUCACCCUUGGCUGGCGCACGCGGAGAUCGCGGACUGGUGCAGUAAGCGUGGGAUCGCUGUUGAAGCAUUCUGUCCCAUUGUGCGUGGUACUCGCUUUGAAGAACCGUCUGUGAAGAAGCUCGCGGAGAAGUAUUCCAAGACCCCAGCUCAGGUGCUUAUUCGGUGGAGCAUUGAUAAGGGUUACAUUCCGUUGGUUAAGAGUGUGACGCCGUCGCGCAUUGUUGCUAAUGCCGAGGUUUUCGACUUUGCGCUUACGGCCCAGGAGGUGCAGGAGCUCGAAACGGAUGAGUAUAGUCCUGUUUCAUGGAAUCCUACUCGGGCAAAGUUGGAGGACUAA